CACUCUUUCUUUUCUCAUAGUUUCCUGCUCUUAUCUGUGUCCUGUUUUCUUCGUCUUUGAUGCUGUUUUAUUGUUUUCUUUUUUAAAACUCAUAUCUUCUUUCCCUCGUUCUGCCGCCGUCUACUGCCGAACCUGUCUUGUAGUUUCUUGCUUACAACCCCAGUCCCGAUCCGGCACUCUAUAUUGCAGGCGUACCUUAGCGCAGGACAAGCAACACAACGCAAAAUGGAGCGAAAAAGAGGCAGAAACGACAUUGGAAGCUCCAUUCCCAGAGAAUAUGGAUGAUUCCUGCCCGCCGAAAAAAAAGAGCACACAUCUUCUUUUCUGGUUGCCUAUCGACGAGAAUAGCCCAAGGGACCGAGUGUCUGUCUGGCCCAGUCAUGGUUUUGGGGUGCCGGGGGCCCUGGACCAGGGUCCGCCCUCCACCAAGACACGCCAUCUUCUGGGAUGGAAACCUUCACAGUUUACAACCAGCCCAGCGAACGAACGGAUCAGGCUUUAUGAGAGUCGCAAAUCUGGCAGUUAAUGCGGAUUUGUCAAAAUGGGCUUUUGGCCAAUUUAUGGUCGAGGGAGGCAUCAAUCCAUCUGCUAUGGCUUGUUGACCUCUUGAUGUGGCAUUUCUUUCCAAGAGUUGGACCAAGAGGAAUGACGGAGCAUGCUAGUUGAUGGAACCACUUUUGACGCCUCAAGCUGCCCGGUCAAAGCAGCAGCCAUUUAUUGGCGGGGCGCCUUGCUGCUAUACGCCUGACUGACAAGCGAAAAUCACUGUGAAAUUCACAAUUGGGCAAAACUCUGGGCUGAUGGAAUCUGUUUGCUGCAAGACAAAAACGACCCAAAAGGUUGUAUGGGGGAUACCUUUUCUCCAGACUGAGCAGCACUUUGGCAAAGUCACUUUGGCAAAGUCACCUUGGAAGCUUUGUGACCAGUUGCCAGGCCAGGUGGUUGUGGUGGCUUUUGGCGUCGCAUCCGACAUUCCUCGGACGCUCAGGAAAACAUGGAAUCAACAAGCCAGAGUCCCGAAAAAAAACCUGCCAGGGCGAUACAGCAAAGUUUCGAGGCAUUAAUGUUCAGCUUGUCCUCGAUUUCAUGAGACUGCAACUAUAAAACCACUUGCGUGUCCUGCAGUCUACUCUGCAGCGUCCCAAGGAGUCUCUCACGCGAGUUCAGACAUUUUGCGCUUGGCACUCAUCUUGCUCUCAGACCAUAUAACCUACGCCAAACUUAAGCCAAAAGAGUUCGGCUGCAGUGGCUGCAGGCGCCUCAAUACCCUUCCGUUAUCACUCAUUUGAUGGUAACUCACUCAGACUGGCUGAAAAUACCCGUCAACUUGCCCCCUAAUGGCUGGCAAAGCCCUACCAUUUGGCAUGCAUGCGACGUAUGAGGUCAGUACUGGGAUUUUACCAGCCUUAUUGACAGCGAGGUUCAUGUUGUGGCAAUGCAGCCAUCGGGACGGUUGACUUGAUGCGACGGGAUGGGUCUACUUUCUAUCAAAAGUGGGUCCUGCCGCAGGUCUCAGCAAUCGCGUGCAUAUGAUUGGCUUCGACUCAUGUUAUAAAACGCUUUCGCUUAAAACCGAGCUAAUCCACGAGUGGAAAAGAGGGAACAGCGGCGGGUUGGGCCAAGGAGAGCAAGAACACAGCCGACCCGGCCGGCCAGCAAGAGCGCAACUCUCGCAUCACAGUUCACACAGUUCAGUUCAUCCACACACUGAACGCGCGCCUUAGUCGCCAGAUGGGUCGGGCUCUCUCCUCUUCUUGCUCCUCACCCUCUGCUUCUGCCUCUAGCCAUGAGCUCCUGGAUGAACGACACCUCCGCCGCUCUUCCCAAUCAUAAUGGCAACGGCUUUACACAUCACGUUACCGAUCCUUCCCAGUCUUCAGGAGCCAUGAUGGACCCAUCCGCCUACAUGACCAAUUCGGGCCAAUUCAAUCCCGCCGCCGCCGCGCAGUUCGCGAACCCUCAACAAAUGCUCGCCAUGCAAAAUGGAAAUAUGCGCAACCAGCCCGGUGGCUUUCCAAACCCCGUCUAUCAAACGAACUCCGUCAUCCCAUCGAAGCGACCUCGACCGCGUGAAGACAGCCUCGCGGGCUCGCCCAGGCCGGCCCCGGGAAUGGCACCCACUUCGCGCGCCGAGACGCCUCAGCAAAAUCAUUAUGCGAACUAUCCACCACAACAGCAGCAGCAACAGCAACAACCUCAACAACAGCAAUCACAACAACAGGCGUCACAGCAACAACAGCAACCACAGCAGCAAACUACUUCAGGACAACCCUCCCCAUAUCCUCAUCUUCAGACAAAUGGGUCGGCUAACGCGACUCCUUCCCCGAUAAUGGCAAACCAAAUGCGACCUGGCAGUGUGCCUCAACGAGUGUCCACCGCAUCUCCCCAUCCGUAUUCUCCUGCAGGUCAAAAUUUCGGACAUCAAGCAUCGCCAGCGCCCUCUGAACAAGGCGGAACACCCCAGCCGAACGCGUACAUGCAGCAAGGGAAUUACCCUCCUGCCUUCAAUCAGCAGUUUGCUCCAAGCCCGUCUCAGGCGCGACAUACUCAAAGUCCUAUGGCAGGACAAAUGCCUGGUCAUAUGGGUGGCCCUAUGGGAGGGCAGAUGAUGCCUCAGCCGAUGGGCCAUUUACCGCCCCAGGUUGGGCAAAUGUCGCCGCAGCAAAUGAGCCAAAUGGGGAUGAUGGGCCAAAUGCCACAACAGAUCUUUCCAGGUCAAAUGCAGCAAAUGAGUCAAAUGCAACAAAUGCAACACCUUCAACAGCUGCAGCAAAUGCCGCAGGCUGCAAGGGACCAACAGAAACUCCUCCAGCAGAUGCAGAUGCAACGUCAAUUUCAACAACAGCAACAACCGCAACAGCAGCAUCAACAGCCACCUAACCAACACAGACAACCACAGCCUCAGCAGCCCCCUUCGCAACAACAUCCUCAACAGGUGGCCCAGUCGCCUUCGGUUCAAAAGUCCCCUGUUCCACCCUCCCCACAGGCUCAGCCGCAAGGUGUGCAGAUGUCUCCACAGAUGGCCGGCCAGAACCGUAACGCUAUGGCGAGGCAGCAAAUUCCGAAUGGCCAGAUGCCGCCGGGUGCGAUGCGUCCUCAGCCCGGUCAGCCCAUGCCGUCUCAGCCUGGCAUGCAACGAGGUCCUCCUGGCGCCCCCGAGUUUCUAGAAAAGCUUUCUCAGUUCAUGUCUAAACAAGGGCAGCCGCUCGACCCCAACCCAAUCGUUGAGAACCGACCGAUCAGUCUAUGGAAUCUCAGGCAAGCCGUUGGCAAGCAUGGCGGCUACCGAAACGUCACACAAAGCAACCUGUGGCCGAAUGUAUCAAACGCUUUGGGCAUGCAUCCCAUGCAAUUCCAGAUGGCGCCGGCACAACUUCGACAGAUAUAUGAGAGAAACCUGCUUAGGUUCGACGACUACAUGGCUCAAGGCCGCGCAAAGCAGAUGCAACAGGCGCAACAACAGUCACAGCAACAUCCAGGUAUGCCUGGACACGCCCAGACCCCUGGGACACCCACCAAACCCGGUAUUCCCGGGCAGAUGCCUCCAGGCUCAGUCAUGAGCCAACAGGGGCAGCCGCAGGUCCCAGGGAAGCAGGGGCAGCCGCCUAUCAUGAAUGGUUUUUCCGGCACGCCUGUGCAGCCUCAGCCGCAUCCAGCUGCGAUGCAGGGCCACGCGAGGAACAGCCUUUCGCGGAGUAUUCAAGGGACGCCAACCCGCGACGACUUCCCAGGGCAAUCCCCUAUGUCGGCCAAAGGCGUAAGGUCCUCACUUUCGGGACCUUCGCCUCUCGACCCUAGUCCCAAGAGGCAACCUGUUCCAGCCGAAGAUCCUUCCAUCUAUAGGCCCAUCGUGCGACAAUGGAAGGAGAACGAGUACGCAGGCGUCUACUAUGGUGAAUCCUUUGAGCUUGUCACACAACGGCUGAGAGAGCUCCGCCCAGACAUUCCGCCUCUAGCUGCGCUUGGCAACAUUGAUUUGCAUGCCCUUUGCAGAAGCCUCCAGUCAGGCAUCCGUGCCGAGGUUCGCAUGGCGCUUGAUACGCUCGCCACAUUCACCGCAAGUGACGCUCGCCAGUUUCAAGUUGAUCUUAACCAGGCUGGCGAGCUGAUCGAAUGCUUAUUGGAAUGCGCCGAAGAUCAACUUGAUGUUCUGGUGGACAACACUGUCGAGGUUUCUGAUGAGAUUCUGAUUAGCAAUUACGAGGACGUCAUCCGUGCAUGCCAUAUCGAGAACUCGACUAUGCACGAUGAGCCUACGCCGGGAUCAGAGGAAUACGAGCUGGACCGAGCUGUUGACCGCUUGCUGUGUAUUACUACAAUCAUUCGCAACAUGUCUUUUGGCAUUGUCGAGCAGGAUGAAGUCCGUACCCGGUCACUCCUUGCCGAGGAAGAAGUAGUCAAAUUCCUGUGCACCUUGAUACGAUAUCUCGGUACCAGGAACAUGUUACUUCGGACUCACCGCAAUACCCUCGACUUGAUGAAGGACGUCGUAACUAUCCUUUCCAACAUAUCGACUUGCGUCGAAAUCUCGGAAAGAGAACACGCAUACUGUUUCCUCCAGUUUGCCCUAGCUUUUGCUCCUGCGCCUGCGCCUAACCUCACCGCUGAUCACCUCCACUUUCCGCCGUACAACCCUCAGCUUCACACAUACCUACCAGUGGCCAUCGAGGCCUUUUCGAAGCUGCUCGUCAGCAAAGAGCAGAACAGAAGUCAUUUCGCGGCCAUUUUGGCCGGAGACAUGUCUCAGCCGACGCCAUACGAGCUUUUGACACGUUGCUUUGGUCUCGCCGUUUCAUUAAUACCUGAGCAAAGCCUUGAUGUCAACCGGGCGCCGGUUCCAGAGGCGCGAAAGCCUGCUUUGAUGCAAGGGCUGCUAGUGGCGCAGACCAUCCUCAGCCUUGCGCCUGGUCAUGAUUCGGAAAUUGUUCGAGCCUGGUUGUCGAGUGGGUGCGACUUCCCUCAGAAGCUUCACAGACUCACAUGGCACAUGUGCCAGCAGUUCGAAUACAUCAAAGAAAAAGUUCACCAACAGCCGAGGACUGGUCGCAACCGCGGUCCUCCUCAGCUGCCACAGCAAGCAUACGACUGUCUGUAUCUCGCAGCUUUGAGUUCCUCGAUAUUAAGACGGCUCGCCGAGAAGGCAAGAGACCCGGCCGAUCCAAAGGGGUCCAUACCACCCAAAGUCGUGCCAAGCAGCGAUUUGGUCUGUGAAUUGCUCAAGCUUCCUUCGGAGGAAUGGACAAAACCUGAUGUUCGUGUUUUGCAGCAACUUGUUGCCGCGGCCUCUUUGGAUGACUGAUGCAGAUCAUUGCUGGGCUCAUGUUUUCGACUGUCUACUCCAGCGUCUAUCCGUCGCAAGAAUCAUGUUCGAUUGAGGUAGAUACUCUGGCUCUCACACGGCCGGUCGAGUUCGCUCGGCGAUAAAGAUUUUUGGAUAUAGAAGCUCUUCUCACGCCCAAUUCUGCUUUGUUCAGGCAUUCGUACAGGAUAUUGUCUGAGAAAUGAAUUGGUUGCUACCUAGGGUCUUGGGGUCUGGUGUUGUUGGUGUUAAUUGUCUCUUCCCGUUAAAUGUAAAAUUCUACAAUGAUUGUAGGGAAGAAUUUUGUGUAUAAGAAUUUAGCGUACAUCUCUAUGUUGUGUUACAUUUAACCACCUAUGUUUCACUUCCCUCGACCACACCACUCUUGCCAGUGAC